GAGGGCGCACAGUGAAUGGAGGAGCAGCCUUCACUACCGCUCUGCUUGGUGCUUAGGGGACCUGGAGUGCACUGUGUUUAUAUUCCAAUCGGGAGAAAGAACGACCGCUCUGGAUGUAGCCUCCAAUCAUGUUGUCGGCGUUGGAUUGUGCAUCAACACCGCAAGUGUUUGAAUAUUGAGAGCUGGGAUAUAAGGGCUGCCGACUGGAAUUGUAGUCAUGGGAGGCCAGAUAACGCGAAAUGCCUUGUACGACUCUCUGGGCGGUCCGUUCCCCUCCACCACCCACCGAUGCCACCACAAGCCCAAGCGCUGCCUGCCCAUCCAGCAGAGUGGCGUUGUGGGCGGGGGCCAGAGGAGAGGCCUGGCCAUAAGUCCCUUGCUCUUCCACCCGAACACCAAGGGCUCCCAGAUCGCCAUGGACCUGGCCCAGAGGACCGUCAAGAGGCAGGCCAGCUUCUGUAACGCCAUCACCUUCAGCAACAGACCCGUAGCGUUGUACGAGCAGGUCCGGAUCAAGAUCACUAAGAAGCAGUGUUGCUGGAGCGGAGCUCUCCGUCUGGGCUUCACGGCUAAAGACCCGUCCCGUAUCAACCCAGACAGCCUGCCCAAGUAUGCCUGUCCUGACCUGGUCUCCCAGAGUGGCUUCUGGGCCAAGGCACUACCUGAGGAGUUCGCCAACGAAGGGAACGUCAUCGCCUUCUGGGUGGACAAGAAGGGCCGUGUCUUCUAUAGAAUCAAUGAGUCCAACCCAAUGUUGUUCUUCAGUGGGGUGAGAACAGGAGAACCUCUGUGGGCACUGAUAGAUGUCUAUGGGUUGACCCGUGGAGUGCAACUGCUAGAGAGUGAGAUGGUCCCUCCCGACUUCCUCCGUCCCCGCUCCUUCACCACCGUACGCUCCUCUUCUCUCCAGUAUCUGGUACACGAGGCAGAUGAAUCCCGCCUCUCUGUCAGCCUCUGUGACCUCAACCUGCAGGAAGUGAACGGCUCUGGCCCAGCCCACCCACAUAACCACGCCCAUCAUCUCCACCUGGCCCCUCCCUCCGCCUCCUGCCCCAUCCCCCAGAACUCCCUCAACACCCAGCAGUCCUCUGUCCUCCCACACUCCCUCGAAAGCGACCUCCAUUUCCACGCCCUCCGCGGUGCCCACAUCAAGACGCUCGACGAGCAGACAGUGGCGAGAUCCGAGCACGCCAGAGAGGAGCGAACGCUUGUCUUCACUGACCGGCCACUGCGUACCGGUGAGACCGUGUUUAUCAAGGUGACCAAGUCGAGCCCAGCUAGGUCGGGAUCGCUGUCCUAUGGCGUGACAUCAUGCGACCCCGCCGUUCUGCGCCCUAGCGACCUGCCCUACAACCCGGAGGCCUUAGUCGACCGCAAGGAAUUCUGGGCUGUAUGCAGAGUGCCCACGCUGCUCCAGAGCAGUGAUAUACUGGGCUUCCUGGUCAACCAGGAAGGGGAGGUGAUCUUGAGCCACAAUGGCACCAAUGCGGGGAUGCAACCGAGUGUGGACAACUCCCGGCCCCUGUGGAUGUUCUUCGGUCUGCAUGGAGCCGUCACUCAACUCAGGAUACUGGGUUCCACACAUCUCGGGGACCAGCCGGCGCGGGCUCCCUCCAUCCCCAGCUCUCCCUCCUCCUCCCCCCACACCCCCAGCGUCCUCGCCCUGGCCCUGGGUAGUGGAAGCUCCGACCCUGUCCUUAACGGAGGCCUGGGAGGCCCCAGCUCCGCGGCCUACUGUGGUGGCUCUGCGGGAGGAACGACCCCCAGCUCGCCCGUCAGCCUCCCCAAGUCGCCCACCUUCCCAUCAGGCAGCGGGAGAGGGCCCGGGUGGCCGACAGGCGAUGAGUGCUCCAUCUGCUAUGAGAACCACGUGGACACGGUCAUCUACGCCUGCGGUCACAUGUGUCUCUGCUACACCUGCGGCGUCAAACUCAAGAAGAUGUCCAACGCCUGCUGCCCCAUCUGCAGGAGACAAAUCAAAGACAUCAUUAAGACCUACCGUAGCACGUAGGGGGCCUUUGAAGCUAAGGGCCCCGAAACUGAGGGCCACAGGCAUAAGUUAAUGGGGAGAGGAGGAAGACGUUGAGGAAAGACUGAUAAACUUUUGAGAUCAGGGAAAUGGACAAUGAACAGUUCGCUCUGGUACUUUUGUGUGAUGGAUUUUGAGGAAGAAUCUUGGUUUUUGUUUCAAAUACCCAUUUUUUGUUUGCUGGUAACAGUUAGUACACCUGCACUGCAAAGGUCUCUUGCAUUUCCACUUUCCCUCUGACGCAGUGUGUGACGGCUUUUGAAGUGGCGGGUUUGCAACCGCGGCGAGAACUUCCUCUCUCAACUUCAAGUUUUCAUUCUUCUUGCUCUCUCCAAGGAUUCAGGAAGUUUCAGACUUUGAGGAAAGAGAAGACGUGAAAGUACUUUUUAUUUUGUUGUUUAAGCCACUUCCAGACGACUGCCGCUCGUUUGCAUGGAAGCAAACCAGGUGGUUUCAAUUCAACGUUUUUUGGUCUUGAGAUGAUGUAUUUAUGUUGAAGAGGAGAAGGACUGUGUUAAGUUCCAACAUUUGCUUCUUAACUUGACUCAACUUGGUCUGUAAAAAAAACAACAACAGGCGAAAUGUCUACCCUUGUCCACAGAUAGUUCUUUAUUAACACUACGUCUCAGUAUGACACAACUUCUGUCUGUGUGUUACUUAGGCAAACUGCAGAGGAAAAGAGAGGACUUAUUUGUUGCUCAAGGGUUGUGACCGGAUAGGGAUGCAUUUCUGCAGUAGUCAUAGGAUUCAUCAAUAGGAAGAUGAUCACAGUUGUAUAAAGUUGUGACGUAUAGGGACGUAAGUAUAUGACGUGUGAAGGUGGGCUGUAAUCACCUCUUGCUCCUAUACAGUAAGUCAUAUAUUCUCAACCAAAUGUAUUUGUGUGGUAGUUCUAUAGCACAUUCAUUGGUGGUAGCUGUCCUGUUGCGCUAGCUAGCUAUCUGCUUGCUCUGCAGUGUUGCGUGUUGCACUGAAGUCAGUACUGCGCUCUCGGAAAUGCCCCAUCAAGAAAGGAGAGGAUACAUAUUAUUUUACACAAUAAAUUUAAACAGCCAUCAAAACCAUGUCACUGGCAGCCUCAGCUCCCAAUCCAAUCCCAGAAUUUGUACCCACAUCACGUGACUGGAAGCAGGAAGUGAAAGUACAUUUAUUGGGUGUUCCUCAGGUCCAGCUGUUAACGCCCCAAAAUGGUGACUGUUUACGCAAACACCAGCCCAAUGCACUGUGAUUGUUGCCAUGGUAACAGCGUUCGACGUCGAUCCGACACAGCCCCCUGCCUUAAUUUAUGAACAUGUACUUUGUUACCCAACGGAUGUGUGAUCAAUAAUGCUUUGUGUCUAUCCAUAAUUUUCACCAAGACCCCUUACUAAAUACCAAAUACGAUGUUGUGUGUCAGAAGAAAAGCUUUCAGAAACAGGACUUCAGAAACUCAGAGGAUAAAAAGCACAUGAAACAAAACUGAGUUGUAUAACUUAUUUUUAUAACUCAAAAUACUUACUGGUCAGAGGUAAUUUGCAUCACAGACAGUCAGUAAUAUGUACACAACCCUAACCCUAUCACGGUCCUAUUCUAACAUCUGCAUAGUGCUUCCACCAGCAACAAAUACCCUUCACAGUUACACACAUUAAUGUAGGGUUAUGAGAGGUAGAUGAGAGGUCAGUUACACACAUUAAUGUAGGGUUAUGAGAGGUAGAUGAGAGGUCAGUUACACACAUUAAUGUAGGGUUAUGAGAGGUAGAUGAGAGGUCAGUUACACACAUUAAUGUAGGGUUUUGAGAGGUAGAUGAGAGGUCAGUUACACACAUUAAUGUAGGGUUAUGAGAGGUAGAUGAGAGGUCAGUUACACACAUUAAUGUAGGGUUAUGAGAGGUAGAUGAGAGGUCAGUUACACACUUACCCCAUAUGACUUUUAUCACUUUGAGGCGAAUCCUAAUUUAUACUUAAGUCGAAUUAUCACUCAGUCUCCCAUUGACAUCAAUGCAAGACUACCUGAAAAUGUGAUUUUGUAAAAGUAAGACUUUUCCCCUUUCUGAUCAGUAUGUGUCAUGUAUCCCAUUGAAAAUCCCCUCGUGCUUGUGUGUACUGGAGCUAUAGGCCAUAGCUUUCUGCCGAGAGCUGAAAAGGCAGUUUUGUAUCACGUUUAUCUUGCAUCCUGGUGUAAUUAAUAGAUAAUCGACAAAAUUAAUCUGGAAUGUAAUGCUGCGACAGUAUUUGCCAGCUCUCUGUGUUUGGGGCAAAUACUGACAGAUGUUUCGUACACAUCCUCUUUACACUCACAAACAGAACUUUGUGCUUUUAUGAUAUUAUAUGCUACUGCUUGAAGUGUUAAUUCACAUUUUGAAUGUUAAUUUAUGUUUUAAAAUGAGGCAAAUCGUUUUAUUGGUGUGGUUGGUAGUAUCGAAAGAGAAAAAAAAACAUAUUUUGUCAGCUUUCUUUUUCGAUUCAUAGUCAUGAUUGUAAUGUUUGUUUUCUGGUUGAUUGAAACCAUGAAAUAAUCAGCUAUUUCUACUUCUACUCUGUAUCCUAAAGCUAGGAACGAUAUUAUCUUGUACCUUCCACCAAUACCUAGGACUCCCUGCAGUAUACAAUCAUAACACCUCGUUGCUUUGGGUAAAAGACAAGCACAGAUGAAUAAUUUUACAAACCCUGAAUACUCAGACGCUUUUUUGUAAAUUUGACGUUGUUGUUUAUGCCUCCUUUCGAGUCCAAACCAGGUUUGUUUUUAUAGCUCUUACCAAGUAUAAAUUUAAAAGCCGUCGUUGUAUGGCAAUGUUAAAUGUCACUUUAUAUGAAUCCUGAUUGUACUUUUGAAAUGGUCUAGUCUAUAGGCAAUCUCUGGCAUAUUCUAUCACAGUAAAAUUUGUGCUGAUACUAAGUGUGCAACGAAAUCCGAAAUCCAAUCAAAAAUAAAUGUGUUAUUCCACCUCGUAAUUUGCAAUGUCUGUGCUAAACGCACUUCAUGUCCCCUCUCUUGAAAUGUUUUUUUUUUUUACAGUUGUUUUUUUUACUGGCCCUUUAUCCAAGGAAUUUAACCCACAACCACUAAUGUAAACAAUAGUCAUUGAACAUACGGUCAUGUCAUAAAUGGCAUAGCAUACAUUGACAACCUAUAAUAACGUAAAAGUUAAAUAGCAUGCAAAGAAAAAACAAGGCACCUAAAUUGCUGCCUAUCAUAUUUAUUGAGUUUACAUACAGGAUUAAUUGAAGUGGUCUGACUCAUGUCAGUACUCAGUGGCUUAAAGUUCAGCCCUCCACACAGAUACUAUGACUAGGGCCCAGAAUUGUUCCUGACCUAGUGACCUGGAACACUCAGGGCCCUAACUAUAACACCAACCAGUUGCGGUGUGAUACCAAUUUACCCCCAAAAUAGUUUUGGUUUCUCUCUUGAUUGUUUGUCGACUCGGUAGUGUAUUUAUCUUCUAUUGAAGUGUUUUGAUCUCAGAUCCUACUGUACUUGGGUGUUUGCUUUCUUCUUCUACCCUCCUCCAUUUUAGAAAAACUUCUUCAGAUAUUACUAGACAGGUUUCACCUGGGAAAUAUACUUUAUCUUCUGUCUUUUAGUUGUUUGAGUUGAUUGUUCACGCCGUCCUAGAUAGUGAACUUUGGGACCAAUAGAAGACGAGCUAAAAAAGAAAACGCAAUCUCCUAGGCCAUCAUUUAGACGGAGUUAAGGGGUCGAUCAGAACGCUACACAUAGAAACGUAACAUAGGCUAUAGGUCAAACACGAUUGCUCCUAUUAUCCAUGAUAUAGAAGUAUAUAUGUUCUAUGUUGUGACUCAUCCAUUGUUUGAGAUACUUUGCAAACCUGUCUUUAUUUGAAAACUAGUUUCCAAGUGAUCUGUUUGUGAGCUAUGUGAGUCGGACGAUUGUGUCAAUAAACUUUCCAGACGUGUUUCAAA